AUGUUUCUGUUUCUCUUUGAGCUUUCCAAGUCUGAAGAACUUCUGUUUGGAUAUCUAUCCAAGGACUUCGAAAAACAAACAUUAACAUUUGGAAAAAGUGAAUUCCAAAAUGGAAUUUAUUGUCCUGCUUAUAAUUAUCCAAUUGAAUGUAAAUGGAAUGAUGCAAUAGGUGGUCCUCAAUGUAAUGAAACAGAUUAUUUAUAUUCUCCUCCUGUUGAUUAUGACCCACCUAAAUCAAUUAUUGAAACAUCAGAUGACGAUUGCUUCGGCUAUUUCAAAAAAGAUCUCUCAAACGAUCCUAAUUUCAUUGAUAAAACCUGGGAUGAAAUAAAGUUUACAUGCAAAAAAACGCAUUAUGGCCGAUGCUACUUUAAAAUAUAUUUUAACAAUGAUGAUGGAAGUACAAAUCGAUGCAAAAAUUAUGUUGAUUACAGAUAUAGUCAAAGUUCAGUUUCAUUAAACAAAAUUGAUGGUUCUCAAUUUUUCUGUCAGGAUACAAAUCUCACAAGAAAAAUAAAAUCUAUUAGAGCAUAUGUUUUACCCCUUAGAUUAAAGACAGUUUUUACAAAAGUUCAAGUUGAAACAGUUCGAAGAUUAAUUUUAUUUGAGAAAAUUGAGAAUUACUCUGAAGAUGAAAACAGAAAAGAAAGGUAUCCAACAGCAUUUAAGACAAAUAUAACAACAAAGAACAACAAGACUGCAUACAGAGCAACAAUUAAAUUAUACAAAGAAAAUCCAAAAAUUCAAUUAUCAACAAUGUUGCUAAAUGGUGCAUAUUCUAUCUCACCAAUUAUUCAAGACAAUAGUGUUCCAGUUUCAGGGCGAAAUGAUAAACAACUUGUUUCUCCAAUUAUUGCAAACGGAACACAUAUCAUCGGUAUUGAUGUUUUCAACACUGAAACAUUUUUUGAUUGGUCAUACAGCGACAACAGCUUAUAUGGAUCAAAUACUUCAUGUUUAUAUAUGAAUAUCAAACCGAUUAAAGAUGUGAAUAUAUCAUAUAUUGUUAUUGAAGCGGAAACAGGAUCGUAUUUGGAAGCAUUAGAAGUUUGGCAUCAAGCAUUCCCAGACUUAUAUGGAAUCAAUCCAUACGGCAAAUCUUCAAUUUGUAAGAAUCCAAACAUCAGUAAUUGGAGCCCAUUCAUUGUCACUCAAUACGGUUGUAAGUUAUUAUGGGGCUCAGACGAAAAAUAUGAAGGAACUAAAAACUUUUAUGAAAUGAAUCCAUCAAUCAUCAGAAUCUACACAAACACGAACAAAAAACAAACUAAAGAAAACUAUUUGAAAGAUAAAUAUGGAGUCAAAGACAAAACAUUAAAGAACAUCAUUAUCGAAGAAACAGUGAAUUAUAAAGAUUAUCUUGUUGACUUGGCAGACGAAGUUAUUGAUUAUCAACUGAAGAAGUAUUUCAGGAGGAAGUUAAAACACGAGUAUGAUGGGAUUGCAAUUUCUAGAUUUGAUCUUCGAUAUAUGAAUUACAACACAGAAUAUGCAGACAAAUUAACACCAUAUCUAUUGUGUGAUGAAGAAGAUAAGAAAUAUUAUAGUAUUCAAUGUGGAAUGUUAAAACUUCUUAAGUUGCUUUAUGGAGAUUCCCCAGAUGGAUUCUUAGUCGAAAGUUUUGUUGUUCAUCCACAGUUUGCACAAUAUAUUGGCUCCUCUUUGUAUACAUUGAAUAAUUAUGCAGAUUAUUUAGCUGUUAAUCACACAAACAAGGUUGGACUUUGGAACACAUGA